UAUCCAUCGCCCAGUAUGCGGUCUUCCUCGUCCCCGAUUCCCCCUCUGCGAUCCCUGGCGGAAGGCUGGAAGCUCCGUCGAGGUCGGCCAGGCGAUGGGUUACCCGCCGUGGAAAAUCCGCUGAGAUCGGCCAUGGAUUACCGCACGCUGGAGAUCACAUUGGGCUCGGCCAAGGGCCUGAAGCAAGUCAACGUCUUCUCCAAGAUGGCUGUCUAUGCCGUCGUCUCCGUCUCCAGCGACCGCCGAUCGUCCCACCGCACGCCUUCUGAUCCGCACGGCGGGCGCAACCCUAUCUGGCAUUCGACCCUGCGCCUCGCCGUCCCCGCUGAAGGCGCCCUCUCCGGCAGCCACUCGCUCCACAUCCUCCUCCGCACCGAGCGCGCCUGCCCCCUCGGCGAUCGCGACGUCGGCGAGGUCCGCGUGCCCCUCGCCGAUCUGUUCAACUCGGAGGGAAACGAGGGACGGCGGAGCGUCCGGCACAUCAGCUACCAGGUUUGCCCGAUCGGGUCGGGCAGACCGAAAGGGGUGCUCAAUUUCUCUUACAAGCUCGGCGAGCGCAUCCCGGCGCCGGAUCCUGAUCCGAUCACCGACUUCGCCUACCCGUCCGCCGUGGACGCUCACGGCGCGCGGCCUUGCUACCGUGACAGCAGGCGAGCUCGUGACGGCGACGCUCCCCAUCUAGUCGCCCCCUAUUCGCCGCCCCUGUGAUGCAAAGGAAACGCCGGUACUUCAAUUGCGGUAAAAUCCCAAUGAAAAAUAAUUGCAACGAAUGAAAUCCAAUCGAUUCGAAUUUUAUUGA